CAGCCAUAUGUGAGCAUUCUCUCGCGUGACUUGCAGUUCCAUAAGGCAUCCACCGAUAUUCCCUAGGUUUGCGCUCAUCACCCGCGCUUAUCUAGGUUAUCCUAUUGACUUUCGUCUCUCGCAAUCUGUCGGAAACUGUCGCCGAGGUGAUAGCUGCUCGCAGGACAAUACUGACACCUAUAAGCUUCUUGCCGCCGGAAUCCAUGAGCUGAACGACCUCUCUAUGCUCCAGUUGUUACACUGUAACCACCAGUUAGGGAUGGUAUCGAAUCCAGGUAGUCCGGGGAAUUGUUGCGCUGAUGCUGCUCACGCGCGGUGCUUUGCCAGUGGUUGCGUAGCAGAUUCGACGACCGUUGAUCUGUAAGCGAGGCCACAGCAGCAGUGGCGCGGAGAGGGGGGUCACGGUGUGGGGAGCAACUGGAAGCCCGGCUAUCAUCGCGCACAGCGGGCGAGAGAGGCGAGGGGUAGACGACGGUAGAACGAGGAACCGUGUACGCGGCACAGCUAGCCCGAGCACCCUCUGCCGCUACCACCAGCGCGACAGGCGGCGGUUAUUGUGUGCCUAGGCGCACCACUCUACCACGCACUUUAGUAUUCAUUUGCACCCCCAAGGCCGGCGAUAACACUGAGAGAGGAGAGGUGACGGCGGCACGCAUGGCGGGAGGCGCCGGAGCGGGUGGAGGGGCGGGCAUCAACGUGGCGGCGGCGACGGCGGCCGUGGAGGUGGACCACAACCUGCCCGUCACCCGCUACUUCCGACUCGCGCACAACCUCCACCGCGCCGCGGACGUGUACCGCUGUGAGGGCGACACAGUGCAGCUCUAUGUGUUCCUCCUGCGCUUUGCCAGCAUGGUGCUGUCCACCGUGCCGCAACAUCGCGACGCCAGGGCGCCACAGCAUGCCAAGGCCAUCGCUGCACUCAACAAGCAAGCGGUGGCAGCGUUGGAUGAGUGUGAGAAGCUGAAGCCGCAGGUGACCCGGCUGCUGCAGGCGGGCAGGGGUGAGAACGAGGCAGAGGCGGACGCGGACGCGGAGAGAGAUGCUGCGGCGCGCGCAGCAGCGGAGGAGGGCGCCGUCCCCGUGUACUACCCCACCUCCUCUUCCCUGGGGCCUGCCGCCGCUGCUCCCUCGCAAGCAGCGACAGCAGCCACGGCUGAUCUGUUUGCCGGGGCGUGGUGGACAGGCGGGGGAGGCGCGGGCGGAACAGCAGCGGCAGCAGCAACAGCAGUGGACCCCAUGGAGGCGUGGAGCCAGUCCGUGGGUCUGUCAGCAUCGGAGCAGCAGCGCCUGCUGAACGCGCCUGUGCCCUCUGCACCCCUCCUGCCCUACUACUCCCACACUGCCUCACCUGCUCCCAAGGACCUCCUAUCCGGGGUCGCCUCCCUCUCCCUCGCCUCCUACUCCUCUCCCUACUCCACCACUCCCUCUGCCCCUCCGCUUCCCAGUGACCAUCUGAGUCUACCAGCCCCGCGCAACGAGACCCUCUCACGCCACUCGCUUGUCUCCAUGCCUGCACCGCAUGUGGCCUCUCAACAGCCGUCGCACCACCUACAACACCACCUCCCAUCAUCCCUACAUGUCGCCUACCCCAGCAACAUAGACUCGUCUCCCAUUCAACUGCCAGAGUGGUUGCCUCCGGUCACCUCGCAGCAAUCAGCAGCAGGCGACGCACAGCAGCAGCAGGGGGGAGCAGAGGAGGAGGGCGGUAGCAGGGAGUACGAUGGGCAGCAGAUGGUCACGCUCAUUAUGCCCUCAGUUCCCAGCCCCACCCCCGCCACCGCUGCCCCGAGACCAACCGCGUCUCCCAUGCCGCGCAGCAUUUUGAAGCACGGGGCAGUGUACCAGGCGGAGCAGGCAGCCGCUCAGGCCGCCUCCGCUGCUGCAGCAGCAGCAGGAGGGGCGUAUGGGGGGGCAUAUGGGGGGGCUUAUGGGGGGGCUUAUGGAAGUGUCUAUGGGGGGGCAGUGGGGGAGGCGAGUCAGCCAGCAGCAGGGUAUAACCCAGCUGCGUAUGGCCUGCCCACAGCUGCACCGCUGCACCAGCCGUACCCCCCUCCCAUGGAGGCCCCUCUGCAAUUGGUGCCACAGGUGCAGCCGCCACUCGCCAUUCAAGCAGCGCAUGGGCAUGGGCAUGGGCACGCGCAUGGGAGGCACUCAGAGCAGCGGCAGCCGCACCCAUCUGCUGUUGCGGACCCGAGGCCAGGGAGUGGCGAGCGGAGAGGCGGCGGGAAGAAGGGCAUCAAGGGGGUGCACAUUUCGACGCGCAUGAUGGAUGACUUCAUGCGCAUUGUGCGCCACAACACCUCCCGCAACCUCGAGACGUGUGCCGUGCUCGGAGGGGUCCUGAAGAAGGGCAUGUUUUUCAUCAAGGCGCUCAUCCUGCCCAAGCAGGAGUCUACCUCUGACUCCUGCUCCACGCUGAACGAGGAGGAGAUCUUUGAGGCACAGGACAAACGAGGGCUCUUCCAACUCGGCUGGAUCCAUACGCAUCCGUCGCAGGCGUGCUUCAUGUCGUCCAUUGACCUGCACACGCACUACUCCUACCAGGUUAUGCUGCCUGAAGCCAUUGCCAUCGUCAUGGCUCCCAAGGACCCCUCUCGCCCCUUUGGCAUAUUCCAGCUGUCGCAGCCGGGUGGCGUGAAGGUGAUUCAGAACUGCCAGCAGCGGGGCUUCCACACGCACGAGGCGCCGGCGGACGGGUCGCCACUGUACUCGCACUCGUCGCACGUGUUCUUCAACCCGCGCAUCGAGUACGAGGUGCUCGACUUGCGCUGACUGCUUCCCCCCUGCUCCACCGCUGCUCUUGCCAGCCUGGUGGGCGAGCAGGCAAGGGGAGGGCGCUGGACGAGGUCAGGUGGCUUGUGGCAGUGUGGCUUUAGGGUGGUGGAUGCAGGGGAACAUUGGGUGGAUAAGGGGCUGAGAGCAGCCAGGAAUGGAUGGAUGUUGGGAUGGCUAGAGCAUGUAGGAUGGUGCGCUGGUACAGUAGUUGAAGUCCUGCUGCUGGGUAGGCCCUUGUUUUGUUGCUGUUAUUCCUCGGUGGGACUUGAUCGUUUAUAGUGGCUGAUGGAGUUCCGAACCGACCGUUCAUCUCACACAUGCUUCAUUGUCACAUGUAUUCGUGGAUAUAAUUAUGCAUAUCACCACGG